AUGGGGUGUCCCAGAGCCUGGCCAGGGGUUGCCCUUUCCCUCCUGCUGCUACUGCUGCUCAGCCUCCUGGCGCUCUGCUUGGCAGCACUGGAGGAACUGGACCCCACCACUGACCGGCAGCCGCGAGCAACGUGCACCCUGCAGGAGGGGGAGAGUCGCAUCUUCACCUGCUGGGUUCCCCGGCCACUCCCCGGUGCCACACUGGCCUGGUACCUCAACGGUCAGAAACAAGAAGUCAACAUCUCGACUGCAGACACUGCCAGCAUCCUCACCCUCACUGGCCAGCGCUCCGACCACCAGCUCAACUGCUCCCUGACCAACCGGACCUCCAGUGAGACCUACAACACCUCCAUCCUUCUCAAUCUGCAGUAUAAGGCAGAGAUCCUGCAGGAAGGCACCUGGUACCAGCAGGUUGAGGGCACUGGCCUUCUCCUGGUGCUCUUUGUGCUGGUGCAAGCGAACCCACCCACCAGCAUCACCUGGGUGGACCAGGAUGGGCGUGUGAUGACCAACGCUUCCAAGUUUCUCCUCCUGGGUGCCACAAGCUACCCAGGCCUGGCCAACCACUCGCUUCACAUCCGUCUCAGCUGCACAGCUGGAAACCUCUCCAUCAGUGCAGCCAAUAGUGUGGGCAUCACCACUGCCUCCCUCCUGCCCACAGGUCUGCUGGAUGCCCGUGUGGAGCUGCCUGUCCUGGGUGUUGCCAUUGGAGCAGCCCUGGCCUUAGCCGCCCUGCUCAGCCUGGGCUCCUGUGCUGCCUGCCUGGUAUGCCGCUUGCCCAAGCUUGUGCAAGGUCUGGGGCAAGCAGGAGGGAACAGCCCACCCAGCCAGUGCUCCCAUUGCAGUAGCUCUGAGCCACCACAGCCCCAGGGUACACGUCUGCCCCGCCAGACCCGGUCCCUGCCACCCAACCUGCGCCUGGGUGACCUUGCACAGGAAGAUGGAGCUUCCCUCAAGGAUGCAGGAGCCAGUGCUAAGGGAGAAGAGAGUGCCCUGGUGGGACUGGAAAACUCCCUGGUCCUCAGCAAGCUUGGUUUUGUCCAGCUCCCAAUGUCCGGGCGCAUCUACAAAGUGCCCAGCACAAGCAGCGAUGAGAUCUGGCUGUGAGCUCCAGUGUGGUGCCAGUGAGCCAGGGCUGCCUGGCACCAGGUACGUACCAGCCCCCGGAGCUGAGCAGCUGAGGGUGCCAGGAAGGCCAUGAUGGGAAGCAGGAACU